GUGAGGUGUGUUCUGGUUUCACGGAGCUUCACUGAAACCAGAUCCUGAAGUUGCGAUCUGUUCGGUACCGAACCGAAUAUUGUGACUCCACAGUCGGUUUGACCGAUCAGAACCGGGCGGUGAGCUGCUCGGUGAGCCGUGGAGAGGCGAGGCUUGUGAUUUUAGCUGAAGACUGACUACUUUUUGGAGGCCUGAGGGUAAAACCACAGUGAAGCUAACGAGGAAUAGCCACCAUGUCAUGGGCAGAGCUGCCGUGUUUUGCGGCCUCUCCUGCCCGCUGCUCGGUGCUCUGAUCCUCCAGCAGCCCGUCUAGAACCGUCCAUGCAGCUGACAGCCAGCUCCAUUAAUUAAUAACACCGGCUUUAUCCAGCCUGCUAGCUAGUAACCAUGGCGGACAGCUUCGGAGAGGAGUCCAGCGGCGGUGCCCUUGGCUUAGGCGUUCCCGGACCGGGCAGCGGAGCCGCGCUGCUGCCGACUUUGGCGAACUCUGUGCCGGUCGGACCGUCGGCGGCCAGCGGGGCUCCCUCCAGCUCCAACCCGGCCUCCCCUCCUCCCGCCGCGGCUGCGCAGAGUGGCCUAACGACGGUGGUGGCCCCCAUGUCGGCUGUCACCGCCACCCCGGUCGGGUUCGGGAACACGUUCACCCCCGGCUCCUCGCCACCUGUCGUGGCCGUGUCUCCCAUCCACCCCUCCUCUCCUCUGCCCGGCGUGGGGCUCGGGGUGGCCGGGGUGGCCGGAGCGGGCCUCCUGUCCCAGAUCCACGCCACUUCCUGGGACCCGACCCUCAGCACGGACUGGGACAACGAGAAGGCUUCCCAGCAGUGCAUCCUGAGGAUAAAGAGGGAUAUCAUGUCCAUCUAUAAGGAGCCUCCACCAGGGAUGUUUGUCGUCCCUGAUCCUCAAGACAUGACCAAGAUCCACGCCCUGAUCACGGGGCCGUUCGACACGCCGUAUGAGGGCGGGUUCUUCCUCUUCCUGUUCCGCUGCCCCCCUGACUACCCCAUCCACCCCCCACGGGUCAAGCUCAUCACCACCGGACACAACACCGUCCGCUUCAACCCUAACUUCUACCGCAACGGCAAGGUGUGCCUCAGCAUCCUUGGGACGUGGACAGGUCCAGCAUGGAGUCCAGCCCAGAGCAUCUCCUCGGUUCUCAUCUCCAUCCAGUCUCUGAUGACGGAGAACCCCUAUCACAAUGAGCCAGGCUUUGAACAGGAGCGCCACCCAGGGGACAGUAAGAACUACAACGAGUGUAUCCGCCAUGAAACCAUGAGGGUGGCUGUGUGCGACAUGCUGGAGGGAAAGGUUCCCUGCCCUGAAGCUCUGUGGAGUGUGAUGGAGAAGUCCUUCCUGGAGUACUAUGAUUUCUACGAGGGAGUGUGCAAAGAGAGACUGCACCUGCAGGGACAGAACAUGCAGGACCCGUUUGGUGAGAAGCGUGGCCGCUUCGACUACCAGGGCCUGCUGGCUCGCCUCAGCGCCACCCACAGGCGGAUACGGGAGAAAACGCUGGCAGAGGACGAGCACAACGACGACGACUCGGACUCGGACACCAGCUCCUCGGGGACGGACCCCGACAGCCAGGGCAGCUCCCAGCCCUGAUCCCCGGACGGCGCUGGACUCGAAGCCAGGCUGAGGACUAAAGACAAGGGGAAAGUUUUUUUGUUUUGUUUGCAGUGGAGGAACAUCACAGAGGAGAAUGUGAUGUUUAAGGCUUUAGGAGUCAAGCUGAGUCCAGGUUUAGGGUUGGAAUGAAGUUUCUGUUGUGUUGCAGAGGGGGGAAGGAGUGGUGGUAGAGCUCUCCUAAAAUAAAAUAAAUCAUCCGCUAGUCAGAUGCUGGCAUGUUUGACGUGUGGCGGUGCAUUCGUGGUAACCAGAUACUGUUCUGAUGAGCAGCUUGACUCUAAAACUCCAGACAGCUUCCCACCAUCAGGACAGAUCUGAAGAUUAACCAGCCAUAUGGAUGUAAAGGUUGGUUUGAUUAUUUAGUCGGACAGAAGAUGAUUACAGCGUUGUUGUUCCACUUUGAUCCACAAGCCCAAACCUGUUUUAGAUUCUUUCCACCAGGAAAGCCUGUUAGAUAUCUGAAGAGGAGGCCUACAGCUUGAUGCAGGUUUGGGUCAAAUUAAGGACUUUAUCCUGGGAGAGACGGCCUGAAUGCUGCAGAGGUGGAAGAUGAUGUUCAUGAAAGCAGACUCCCCUUCAGAGUCGUCUUCUUUGAGUCCAAGGGGAGGAACUUGGAGAAAGUGACUGCAGAGGCUUUGGAAGUCACGUGCCUUGGAUGAACCACCUCUCUGAGACUGGACCUCAUUAAACAAUCAGCAGCUCUGGAUGCCUGAAUACAAUGAUUCCUGUGUAUUAUAUGAAAAAAAAAAAACAAGUUCUGCUUAGCUUUCAGUUCUAAUCGUGCUGUUGAAUUGACAGUAAAUCUGUUUACCAGAUAAGCAGCGGUAGAGAAAUGUCAGUUUCAUUGACAUCCACCUUUAUACCCUUUGUUAUGCUGUUUUCUCAUUGUUGUACUGAAACUAACAGUAAUUUGCGGUGUGUAGGGUGCGUCAUUUCUUUGUGAACCCUGCUGGGUCUUUGUGAUUCAGAUACAAACCAAACCAUUCUGUGCUUUAGCUAGAUCCACUUAAGUUCUGAAAACUAAUGGAGGGAAAACAAGAGUGUGAAAACUGCAGGUAACCCAGUCAAACCUAACCCUAACCCUGCUCCAGCCUCUUUACUGUAAUGGUUCCUGCAUAGUUUGAUUUAGUACUUUGAAGAUGGUAUCUGCAGACUUGGAACCUUUUGCUGAAAAAAACUGAACCCCUGUGGUCAACUAAUACUCAUUUUUAGGUGUAUAAUUUCCAGCAGUAGAGGUCAGACUCGACACAGAUGGAGUUCAGUGUUGCAGAAUCAUCAGCCUGUUUCAUCUCACAGGUGAUUUUAUCCAAGAUUCACUCGUCAACAGGUUUAAAAAUGAAUAGACUUGUUGACAGGUGGUGUUGCUUGCAGCAUAAACACAAAGAAGAGAAGUAGGGUGGAGAAGACACUGUCAAAGGAGAGGUUUAGAUGAGAACUAAAAGGCUCGUCUGCACUGAAAGUUUCAGGUUCUAAUCAUUCCUCGUGUUCAUUCUGGAUCUGAAUAAAUGGGGAUGAUGGGAGAAGAUCUACUCCAUCAUCCAAAUGUUUCAACUCAGAUAAUGCUGUAUAUUAAUCUAAAAGUUAACUUUGCAAGGGACAUGGAGAGGAAGAAUGAUUAUCAUAACCAGUAACUCUAACAGAGCAUGCAGCAUGAUAGAAGAAAAAACUAAACAAGCCGUUAAAGCAACAGGAGAUUAAACCACUCUUGUCUAACAGGAAGUUACAGCAUGCUUUAGCUUAGCAGAAACAGCAGAAACAGGAGAGCUAGUAUGACUCUGUUCAUAAAGACCAACACCUCUAACUGUUUAUUUCAUCUCAAUGUAGACACUUUAUCUAUUUUCAGAGCAACUUCUAACUUCUUAAGAGUUGCCAGGAAACUUUCAGAGACUCUGGAAAGUUUCUGCUCCCAGCCAAGAAACAGACAAGUUUGGUGCUAAUUCUAUUAUUUUGGUAUUUAUGAAUCAGUGAGCAUUAGAGGUGCUGGUUGGUCAUGUUUAAUUAGCUUUGGUCAGAGUUAGGCUGCUCGUCUCUUGUUUUCUGUCUUUAUGCUGAGCUACUCUAAGCUCGCUGUAACCAGACAGACAUAAGAGCGGCAUCAUUUGAGAGAACAUUUCCUAACAUGUCAGGUUUUAUAAUUCAAGAAGCAUUUGAACGCAGUGAGCUGAAGGAUCAGACAGAUAAACGAGUGUUUGUUGGGUUUCUUUCCUGCCUUCCAUCGUCCUCUGGUGUCUGCCUUUAGAAUCAGAGCGGUUUACUUCUGCUGUCGGCGUUUUGUCUGAUUUGGUGGAGACUGGAAAUGGGAUUACUAAUGUAGGGCAUUCCUUUUAAUUUCUUUUAUUAUGUUAUAGAAUGGUUAUGAGAAGCGGCUUUUAGCAGAAUAUAUGUGAUUGCCAAAAUAUUGAUUGCAACACGCUUCCUGAAGCGGAAGAGAAGAGAUUAAAUACCUGUUCGGUUGUGUUGUGCUUCAAGCAGGGUUUCUUCUAUGGCUCUACAGAACCUGGAUUACUGACAGACGGGAUCAUUCCAGGUCCUGAACAUGUUGCUGUUGUACAGAAGUUCUGGAAAAGUACAGAAUAAAGUGUUGUUCAGUCCUGA